AGCAGCAAGACUUAUUAAGAGCACCCAAAGGCAGGUAAGGUCAGCUAAUUAUUAAGGUAGUAACCCCACCAAUAUGCCAAAUCUCGAUCUUUCGCAAAAUCAAUGCCGAAUAUCCAAUCCCUAGUCAUUUGGCACCUCGUGCUAGCUGGCUGACUGCCGCCUAUGUAAAUGCACAUUUACACCUCAAUCCAUAGGGCGCGAACUUGGUCAGUGGAGUAAGAAAUCCAAAAUUGACGGUUCCAUUUGAUAUCGGCAACGACGGAGUUAUCACCGUUGGCAAAUGAAAGCUUUCUUUCCAUUGCUUCUACCUCAUGCCCAUGAUUCUAUCACGGGAAACGUAUUUAUUAGUCGUCAUUCUGCGGGCAAUGUUUCCACCUCCUUCCGACUUCUCUACCCACACAUUUUCCCUUUCGGCGUAAAGACAAGACCAUUCUUCUAGAACAUCUCGUUCUUUUGUUCCACUAUUUUGUUUUCAUCAUCAGUAUACAUAUUUAGUGAACGCCCGCACUUGUGAUUUCUUUUCACCCCACCCUUCACUCUUCCAUACACCUUGAGGUUACUCAGAUACCCAGAUACCCUAGAUUAUUUACAUUGUGCUCUUUUACACACAAUACUCUUCUUAAUAUCACAACACCUUCCUCUACUAGCACAGUAAGGAAUACAAUCAGAUGCCUUCACAUCUGCGAAAUCUCGCAUUAUGUAGCAGCCUUAUAUUGCUCGGACAUGCACCUCUGAUAGCCGCACACGGCGAUGAAGAAUCGGAAAUGGAUAUGAACAUGCCAAUGAGUUCGGUAGCCACAGCGAUAUCUACAGCCACAGUUUCAGCCGGCAUAGAAACUCUCGUGGUGGCUGAACCUUCGAGUUAUUUUCGAUAUCCUGAACAUGGAAGUUUGAUGGUAGCUCACAUUAUACUCAUGACCAUAGGAUGGGUGUUCGUUCUGCCAAUAUGUGUGAUGCUCUCCAUUUCUCGAUCGCGAUUCAAUGUCCCUACACAAUUCGCGUUUCUAGCUUUGAACGGUGGUGGUCUCCUCUGCAGCAUAAUAUACAAUGCCUCCACUCCGGACCUCUAUCCGAAUAAUUUUCACCAUAAAUUGGGGUGGUUUUUGAUGUGCGUAGUCACUGCACAAGCGCUAUUAGGGGUUAUCAGUGCCUACGCGGGGCACAGAAGCGAGGAGGAACAGGAGAACACCGGGUAUAUUCCAGUUUCGAGAGAAGCAAUUGCUGAACAUACCCGUAUGCACGAACGACCUAAACCUAUUCCUAGAUUAUCGGAUGAUAGUGGUCAAGGUACUGAACCAGGUACCGAAUCUCUACGAAGCCAAUCGAUGUCUCUCUGUGGAGAUGAUGAAAAUACUCUAAAUGAAUCGGAGAAUGACGAAUUGGAGAAAGUGGGGUGGAUGGAAGGUACCCCGGUGGGUCAAUACUUGUCGAAACGACUUCCGGGAUUACUUUCUGCGCGUCUUUUGAAAAUAAUUCAAUUUUCAUGUGACGUUGUAGAUCGGGUAAUUCUUCUCCUGGGUUUUGCUAUUCUCACAUCCGGAUUCGUCACAUAUGGUGGUUUAUUUAAAGGAGCGGAAAUUUACAGUGGUCUUGCGCACUUCAUCAAGGGUUCAGUUUUCUUCUGGUAUGGAAUCUUAACUCUUGGUCGAUGGGCAGGUUGCUUCGCCGAGAUUGGUUGGUCCUGGAAUGUCAAACCUGAUAAUGAGCGGCGAUUUGCUCUAACCGCUGAAUUCGUAGAAAGUUUCCUUAUUUUCUUCUACGGCUCCACGAAUGUUUUCUUGGAACAUUUGGCUGCUUGGGGGAGUGCAUGGAGCGCACAAGAUCUCGAGCAUAUCUCAAUCACCAUUAUGUUUAUUGGUGGUGGAUUGUGCGGUAUGCUUAUUGAGUCGAACAAAAUUCGCAACCUUUUGAACACCACAGUCCAAAAAUCAUCUCAAAUGUCCUCCUAUCAUCCGGAAGCUCAAGAUCCAAAAUCCUAUAGGUUUUCAAUGAACCCAAUCCCCGCUCUGGUCAUCAUGCUAUUGGGAAUGAUGAUGAGUUCUCACCAUCAACAUUCAAUGGUCUCAACUAUGAUUCAUGGACAAUGGGGAACUUUACUUGUGGGUGCAGCAUUUGCACGUGCUGCUACUUAUGUUGUAUUCUAUCUCUCACCACCAACGUCGAUUCUGCCUGGUAGACCCCCCACGGAAAUCAUUACAGCUUUCUGUUUGAUGGCUGGAGGUUUGAUUUUUAUGGCUAGUAGCAAAGAUACAGUUAAGGCUAUUGAAAUGAAUGAUCUCGAUGCGAUGUUUGUUUUUACAGUUUCCAUGGGUCUCAUCACAUUUCUGAUGGCUUGGAUUAUCUUGGUGAUUGCAAUCAAAGGAUGGGCAACGAGAAAAGAGAAGAGAUGGGGUAAGAGUGUCGGUUAUGAGGUCGAUGGAACUGCAUGAAAAUACUGCUGGCGGAUAAUGAUGACUUUGAGGAAAGAGAAUAUGGAAAAGAGGUGGGGUAAUAUAUAGAUGGGUCAUGAUAUUAUGAAUUGGUGCAUGAGAGGAUGAAAAUGGUAAUGCUUAUGAGGCGGGAAUGGAGUUAUGGCGUCAAGAUACCAUGGAUUGUUUGAUCUUUUGGGUUCGGGUUUGGAACGGAAAUUGGAAAUCUUAAUUAUGAGAAGUGGAAGGGAAGCAGAGAUUGAUUAAUCAAAUGAUGAAAUUGAAGCUUGAGGAGUAUAAUGUCUCGUUACUUAUGCGCAACCAACAUGAGUAUAAAAAUCGCAAUUCUCGUCGAUGAUGUUGAUUUCCUAUUUAUACUCUACCUUCGCGCGCAAAGCGGCUUCAUUUAGAUGUAGAAUACUCGAGUAGAACUAGGUAUCAGAAUGAUUGAAUUGAAGGCAAAUACCAAUGCAAUUAAUAUCUUUCACUUCUUUCACGAAACAGCA